AUGCGGGUUGCAGUCUCACAGGUGUUUGAUACUACGCGGCACAGGUUUUGUAUGUGGCAUAUAAUGUCAAAGGUUGGCGAGAAGGUUGGUAAUGUUCUAUCUAAAGAUGAGGAGUUUCGGCGUGCGUUGAAUGAUGUUGUUUGGUGUGAGACAUUGUCCGCGGAGGAGUUUGAGCGGGGUUGGCAGGACGUUAUCGAAAAGUCCGAAGCUGCGAAUAGUGUGUUUGGUAGUUGCACAAACCAGCAUGCUAGUUUGUCUGAGUUGUUCAACAAUUUUGAAGGGGCUAUUGAUGCUCAACAUUUGGCGCAGGCCAAACUGAAUGCCGAAUGUGAGGGCCACUUUCCCUUGUACCAGACUCCGUUGUUGAUUGAGAAGCAUGCUGCUGCGGUGUAUACUGUCAAUGUUUUUUAUGAUGUGCAAGUCGAGGUUAUUGCGGGAUCUUUUUCGUGUCGCUCUGUGCGUUCAAAUGUUGUAGGGAUGGUAACCCGGUAUGAGGUUCAAGAUGGUGAUGAACCGGUGCGCACCGUGACUUUUGAUUCUGGUAAUGUUGUUGUCGAGUGCACGUAUAACAUGUUUUCACGGGUUGGGUUACUUUGUCAUCAUAUUUUCUGGGUUUUCAAGGAUCGUAGGGUUGUUUCUAUCCCAUCUCGGUAUUUGAUCGCACGUUGGACAAGGGGGGCUUGUGUGCGGCAGGUGUUGGGUGUUCAACGUGGGGGCGCUUCGGAGGUAGAUGUCGCAAUUGGUGAAGCGUGGGCUGAAUUUUUUUCGUGCGUGACCAUGGCAUCACGGAGUGUUGAUCAUGUUUCCAAGUUGAAUGCAGCUUUGAAAGAUUUCAAUGCUUUUUUAUUGGCUGAGAAUGGUCCUAGCGUUCGCUCUUCUUCUUCUAAGAAGCAACUUUUUGAGUCGUUUUGCGGUGCUUCGCCCGAUGGUCAAGUUGAUGUUCGUCCUCCUCCAAUCUAUAAUAACAAGGGUGGUGGCAAACGUUACAAAAGUACAAGGGAAUUAGGUAUUGAAAAGUCGGGUCGUCGCCAACGCCAAUGCCAAACGUGUGAAAAGUAUGGGCAUGAUAGUCGUACUUGCCCGAUGCGCAACGUUGACGUAUGA